AUGCGCUCGCUAAUUGAUCUUCCCCCUGAGAUAGUUGAUACCAUCUUCAAGUUGGUGCCCAGUUACUUAAAUUGCACCUGCAAGUUCUUCUACGUGAUGUACAACAAUAUGUACGAGGAACGGUUUCUAAAGGAGUUCGGUUCGGAAAUUCUUAAUGUCAUUGCCUUUUGUGAUCUUCCUUACCUUGUUGAUUACAUUAAAUCUUUUGAUCAAUGGCCCAGGUAUAGGGUUGCAAGAAGAAUAGUAUCGGAUUACUACCAUUUGCCAGAACAUCAUAGUGUUGAUUCUGACAAUGAUGCCACCUCCAUAUUAAACUGUCAGUACAUAAAGGACUCUUGGAAGUUUAUAUAUGGGAUAUACAAAAACCGAUGUGUGUUUAUUGAGCUCGGAGAUUUCAAGGUGGACGAAUUUGGUUCCCAGUAUGAAAAUGGAUCUUUGAAGCUCACUGGAUCCCACUUACUUAAUUACAAGAAGACGAUACAGCUAACCACUGGAAGGUAUCGCGUUGGCUAUGGGAUUGUUAUAGAUGGGGGACGUCCAAAUGGAUUGGAUGCUACUUGCUUUAGUCUGCAAGUUCAUGCUACCCAGGAAAAGCUAAUUACAUAUUUUCCUCCAAACAUGUUACCGGAACUAUUUCCUAAAGACAAGUUUGUGAUGCUCAAUCUUGGAACUUUCUAUUUAAAGCCACAAGAUGAUGAAAGUACAUUUAAUAGGUUGAUUGAUGUUGACAUUAAGGUGGAAGAAUCGGGAUUAUACCCCAAAACAAACUUUGCUCUAUGUUAUAUGGAGAUCCGCCCAAUUCCUUCAACAAAUGAUAGGAUUUCAUCUCUUCCUUCGUGGCUUUCUUGGUGGAUUGCUAAUGAUGGCCCUGAAGCUAAACAUAUUACUAAUGUGCUACUAAUGAAAUUGUACCAUACAAUCAACCAAUCACUGUCUCAUAUGAGACAUGACAAAUCUGCUAAUCCAUAUCAAGUGUUAGGUAGUUAUAGGCGGAGGCAAGAGAUAGGUACAGAAAAGAAAAUCUCUGGGAUUCAAGACUAUGGUCAUCCAAGCGGUUUAGUCUAUGGAAUGACAGAAAAAGAAAUCGAUAGGUAUAUUAAGCGUUUCUUCUGUCCUUAUAACAGCCACCAUGAUAGAAUAUACCGAAAUUUCAAAUUCGAAACACAUAUUGAUGAAAUGGAUUGGAAGUCCAGGAUAUCAAAGGAUGAUGCAUUGUGGUGUGAUGACGAUCCUCUUGUUUGGAAAGUUCCUCAUUUCAGGGACUACGCCUGCGAGUAG